AUGCAUUGGGGGUGCAAAUGGUUCUUGGAGGAAAAACUGAGGAACUUUAAGCUCUGCAGUUCUGAUGUAAAGUUUGUCAGGAUUCUGGUUGUUGGUGAAGUUGGAGCAGGAAAGUCCAGCUUCAUUAAUGCAGUAAAUAACGCUUUCCAAGAGCAGAUCACCAGUGGGGCUCUUGUUGAUGGAAGAUCUGGAACCAGUUUCACAAAAAUUUACAAAACCCAUCAUAUCAAGGGGAAGGACGGCUCCCGUUUACCUUUUGUGUUCAGUGACGUCAUGGGACUUGACUCUGCCGAUGAACAAGGCGCACAUGUAAAGGACAUCAUCUCAGCCUUAAAGGGGUUUCUUGAGGAAGGAUAUAAAUUUAAUCCUGUUACUCCCGCGUCUGAGAAUGACUACAACUACAGAACAAAUCCCAAAGUUUCUGAUCAAACCUUCUGCCUGCUCAACAUUAUACCUGCAAACAGAGUGUCACUCAUGAACCAAAAGCUUAUUCAAAAGAUGAAAGCGAUCCGUGAGGUGGCUUCAGAGUAUAAUUUGCCUCAAGUUAUCAUCAUGACAAAAGUGGAUGAAGCCUGUCCACUGGUUAAAGAUGACCUAAGAAUGGUCUACACCAGCAAGAAGAUCAAAGAAAAGGUAAUUGUGUAAUUAAAUGGUGUAUAUUAGGAUUGUAACUGAUUACAAUAUUGGGAUUGAACAGAUAUGUUCUCAAUGAAUGUAAAUACUGAUAUGAAUAGAAGGCAGUUCUAUUUAUUGGGCUC